GGUGGGCUCAGUGAGUCGGGACUCUUGGCGGCGCCUGGCAGCAGGGCCUCCGUGCGACCAAAGCGGAUCCGAGCGGAGCGGUACAAGACUGUGCGACCGAGCGCGGUGGAGACCGGACGACAGUGUGUCAGUGGGCAGCCGGCGGCCGGGCUCAGCGACCAUGUUCCAGCGCGCGGCUUACAUCAACGGCUACGGCUGGAACAACGAGGGUUUGCAAGUGGCGACCAACGUCACGGAGCAGAAGCACCAUGUGUCUCGAGACAAGCGUGGUCAGGUGCUCGGCAACCUCCGCGGCUUCCGAGGAUGCACCGUCUGGUUCACUGGGCUCUCCGGCGCGGGCAAGACGUCCGUGUCGUUCGAGCUGGAGGCGUACCUGGUGGGCCGGGGCAUCGUGGCGUACGGGCUGGACGGCGACAACAUCCGCACGGGGCUCAACAAGAACCUGGGCUUCUCCAAGGAGGACCGCGAGGAGAACAUCCGGCGCGUUGCCGAGGUGGCGCGCCUGUUCGCCGACAGCGGGGUCGUGGCGCUGUGCAGCUUCGUCUCGCCCUUCUCCGAGGACCGAGACAUGGCCCGUCAGAUCCACCGUGACGCGGAUCUGCCCUUCUUUGAGGUGUUCGUCGACACGCCCCUCAACGUGUGCGAGCAGCGCGACGUCAAGGGCUUGUACAGGAAGGCGCGCGCCGGCAGCAUCAAGGGAUUUACCGGGAUCGAUCAAAACUACGACAAACCUGAACACCCCGACCUCGUUAUUAAGACUGUAGGGGCUACUGUGGAGGAGAGCAUGCUCCAAGUUGCUGAAAUGCUGGAGGAGAAUGGCAUCAUCCCUCGCUCUGUGCGUCCCUCUGCAUCUGGAAUUGUAGAUGAGUUGUUUGUGUCGGAAAACCUUGUUCGAGGUGCAUUGGAAGAAGCAAGCAACCUACCAGGGCUUCAAAUUACAGAAGUUGACCUACAGUGGGUGCAAGUUCUUGCAGAGGGCUGGGCUGCCCCUCUCAGAGGCUUCAUGACUGAGGACCAGUACCUGCAAAGUCUCCAUUUCAACUGCCUUGUAGAGGAAGCUAAACCAACCAACCAAUCCAUUCCUAUUGUCUUGCCUGUAAAUGAUGCUGAUAAAGAACGCUUGGAAGGAGUUGAGGCAAUUGCACUCAUUCACAACGGAGAAAGAUAUGCUAUUCUCCGCAAGCCCACUUUUUACCCACACCGUAAAGAAGAACGCAUAUGCCGUCAAUUUGGAACUUCACACCCCGAUCACCCUACUAUUCGCCUGAUUCUCGAUAGUGGAGACUGGUUGGUUGGUGGCGAAAUUGAAGUUUUGCAGCGUAUAAUGUGGAGGGAUGGACUGGACGAAUACAGACUUACUCCCAAUGAGCUCCGCUCAAAAUUCCAUGAAAUGGGGGCAGAUGCUGUCUUUGCAUUCCAGCUCAGGAACCCCAUUCACAAUGGUCACGCUUUGCUCAUGCAGGAUACACGCCGUCGUCUCUUGGAGAGAGGUUUCAGACGCCCGGUUUUGCUUUUGCAUCCAUUGGGUGGUUGGACUAAAGAUGAUGACGUACCAUUACCUGUAAGGAUGAAGCAGCAUCAAGCUGUUUUGGAGGAAGGAGUAUUGCAUUCACGUGAUACUGUUCUUGCAAUUUUUCCAUCUCCAAUGCUUUAUGCAGGCCCAACAGAGGUGCAAUGGCAUGCUAAAGCCCGUAUGACAGCAGGUGCAAACUUCUAUAUUGUGGGGCGGGAUCCAGCAGGUCUUCCCCAUCCAGAUAAGAGCAGGGGUGGAGAUUUGUUUGAUCCCACUCAUGGUUCUCGUGUUCUCAAAGUAGCUCCUGGCCUUACAACACUUGAAAUCAUUCCAUUCCGUGUAGCAGCAUAUGACCGAGUUGCCAAAAAGAUGUCCUUCUUUGAUCCUGAGAGGAAACAGGACUUUGACUUUAUUUCUGGAACGAGAAUGAGAGGUCUUGCCAAGAGUGGUGAAAACCCCCCAGAUGGUUUUAUGGCACCCAAGGCAUGGAGAAUACUGGCUGGUUACUAUCAGUCACUUCAGAAGGGUCAGUGAAAAUGUUUGAACAUUAAUACUUUCUUGGUUAUUGUUUAAAUUGGGCAGCCCAUGUAAGACUUUUCUCUUUGUUCAAUUUUAAUCCAUCCAUUAUGUAAAGUUAUUGGUUGGUACAUAUUUCCUCUCUUCCGAUGUGCCUAGGGUACACUGUUAUUUCAAAAGGAUCUGGUCAGACAAACCUUAUUUUUUAUUGUACUAAUCAAGCAUUUAGCACACUAAACAAUAGAUAUUUUUACAAGCACAUUAGGGUUUCCUAACUAAAAUGUUAACUGAGCUACAAAUUCCAUGCAUUUUCAAAUAGAAUAGGUAGGAUUAUAAUAUUGCUUCCCAUGGCUUCCCAGUAGUAUGAUUAUGUGGAACAGAACAAAUAGCUCUGCACAAUUAUGUACUAUAAGUUGAUGGAAUAUUUUCUCAGAAGAUUUUAAAAUUGUUACCGUAUAUCAUUGUUCUUGGCAGGUUAUUUAAGCAAUCUUUAACUUUGAGUUAGGAUUGUUUCAUGGUGGGUUAUGUUUAUUUCUCAUUGCCUUUUAUUUGAAUCAAAGAUUUAAGGUUGAUUUAGCUAGUCAAACCACAAUUUCAAAAGAUAUGAUGGUGCUUCGAAAGGUCCUGCAUUCUACUCUGUAAAAAGUAAAGAGAGGGUAGCAUUGAGAAAGACGCCCUGAUUUCAGAGUUUGUGAUGUCUCAAUUACAUAAAGGAGAUGUUUCAUUUGAAUGUAGAACUACCUGCUAGUUUAUAUAACAAGUUGAUGUAAUAGUUUGCGUGGUCCAUCUUUCAUCACAAAAUUCUUGUAUUGUCGUUUAUAACAGUAUUAUGAUGAUGUUUUACAAAUCACUUCUUUUAAUAAUUUAAAGCGAAAGAACUGUUGAAUUCAAAGAAUAUUUUUAUCUUGUUUGUAUAAUCUAUUUUUAUGCAUAAAUUGACUAUCUUUAGAAAGCUUAUUAUGAUGAGCUGUUGUUGACCACUGAAAUGUUUUUAUGUUGAUUUUGUUUUUUGUAGACGUUAAUGAAAAUUUUAUAGAUAUUAUAUUUACCAUUCCAUUUA